UGGUAACGUUUACGCAACUUCCGUCAAUAAGUAUUUUUAGCAGACGUUAACGAUGGCGUUUGUUAACACAAGAAACGACUAAUUGUUUUUUUUUUUCUACAAUGGGAGCGUUUUAUUGUGCUAUCUGCAGACAGACGGAUUUCUCAGGGAAAGGUCACAUCUACGGGAAAAGCCACCAGAGCAAACUGAAAGUAGUUCUGGUUAAAUUCCUGGAUAAGGUGAAAGAAGCACGGAGAACCCUGAAAUGUCCGCAAGUGGAGAAAUUUGACGCAGUGGAGCACAAAACUGGGUUUUGGUGUUACUGCUGUGAGGUGGAGGUGCAGAAACACGUGACUGAUGGAAGAGUCACUGUGCUUUAUGGAGGACUGCUGGAACACAUGAACACUCAAGAGCAUCGCAAAAACACAAACGCCUUCUGGUGGAAGAACAAAGCAGACCCUAAACACAAAGAGAAGUUCAUCAUCACAGAGCAGGAGUCCGACAGAUUCAAGGAAGAAGUCGCCAAAGCUAUUGAGCAGUAUGAAGAGAAAGAGGACACGCUGCUUAAAGAACAAGCUGCUUUUAUCCGGUCGCAGGAGCAGCACAGGCUGGAGGUUCUUCAGGCUCUUAUAGAGCCUGAUCCAGAGCUGCAGCAGUCUGCUGACCCGGAGCAGCAGGACGUCCAGCAGGCUAUCAGUAGCAUGGGUUCAGUGCAGACAGGACGUUUUCGCAGCGUACUGAACGAGCAGCCGGGCCCGAGCCGUAGAGAUCCCUUCGUGAGUCAGUGGGACGAUUCAGGACAAGGCCUAACCUUCAUUGGUCAUCAGGACUGUUCUGCCAUCGGAAACGUUCACACAGGGGCGGUGCCUCCGUGGCUGCUGGAGGAUCCCAAGGACGAGACUCCGGGUACAUCGCAGGACAUCGGUCCAUCUCUGCAGGACUUUCUUAAACACAAAGAGCAGCAGAAGCUGAAGAGGCUCCCAGCCAACCGCGUAGGUGCCAACUUUGACCACAGCUCACACACCGGUGCCGACUGGCUUCCGUCUUUCGGCCGAGUGUGGAACAGCGGCAGACGCUGGCAGUCCAGGCAUCAGUUUAGGCAGGAGGAAGCUAAAAGUGGGCAGAAGAGACGGAAGGAGCUUGGAGGAAAAGCAGCCAAGAAGCAGAAACAUCUGACUAACGGAGACUUCUGAUCACCAAACAUAUUUCUAUGAACACUGCAACCUACCCAACAGGAGCUCGAAACUAAAUACAUCCACAGACAGUUUUUUUUGUUUGUUUUUCCAUCAGAAAUUGUCCAUUGAUGUAACAUUCAUUCAGUUUGUAACUGCAUUGCCUUUCUCACAUUGAGAAACAACUCUAAUUAAACCGCAACGCUUAAAUUCU